ACAUGCGUCCACGCUGAAUGACGAUUCCUGACACUAACUUGUUGCCGUUGACCAGCGGUCGGUUGGCGUGGUAGGUGCCUCUGAGAUGUGCUCGAUUGGACACACUUCAGAUAGAUCUGGUCUUCCGUGCGUUCAGCAUCUCUUUGGUUCGAUUCCUUCGAACAGUCUGUGGUCGGUCGGUACUACUGCCAGUAGUGACCAGCGUGCUUCCCUUCGCCACUUGGUUCCCAUCGUCGCCGGACCGCAGUCAGUGGUCACCGUUGCGUUCCGUUCCGUUGGUGUUUGAAGAGCAAAAAAGUCUAUACAUAGGAGCCAAUUGGGUUUGGCGCGCCUCAGUUGGGUUUGAACUGUGAUUUGAUCAACAUGGGUGAUUCGGACUGGGGCCUGGAACGACUAACUAAUGGGCUGAAUUGUACACCACCUGCGAUAGAGGACUUCCCGCCGGAUCUGUUCACGGUGCAGCAGAGACAGAACGGGGCCAUAGUGUUACACGCACUUGCUAGUUUAUAUUUAUUUGUAGCUUUGGCUGUAGUAUGUGAUAAGUAUUUUGUACCUGCCGUCGAAAAAAUAUGCCACGCGUUAAAUAUGUCAAACGACGUGGCAGGAGCGACAUUCAUGGCGGCGGCGACGUCGGCGCCAGAGCUGUUCGUCAACGUGAUUGGAACGUUCAUCACAGAGGGCGACAUUGGCGUUGGCACCAUAGUGGGGUCGGCGGUGUUCAAUAUCCUGGCGGUAGCCGCCUGCUGUGGAAUUGGUGCUGGAAUGGUAGUCCCACUAGAUUGGUGGCCUCUGACGAGAGAUUGCCUUGCCUAUGGUAUUACGGUGGCAAUACUGAUCUGCAUCAUCCACGACGAAAGGGUCGAGUGGUACGAGGCGCUAAUACUGGUGCUGCUGUAUAUCGUGUACAUUGCUGUGAUGUAUUAUGACAAGGCUUUCCAAAAGUGUGCCAGAGAUGGUUUAAAGAACGCACGUACACGCAAAUCACAAGAUGCAUCUAGCAGCAUCAAAUCGGUAUCCAGUAGAGAUCAAGAUGCAAUUGAUGCGCACCUUCCGUUACGGAUAAGCCACUUCCAGCAGAAUGGAAAUUUGAAGAACGUUGCGCACAUUGACGCGAGCAACACCGAAUUGACGUCAUCGGAUCUGGAAAUGCAAAUAAAGGCGAUCAGCGCCAGCGGAGGUGGUGCCACAGUUCCAGCACCGGUAGUGGCGUUGGCGGCUGCUUCCGUUCUCAUCAACGAUCAGCAUCAACAGCAGCAAACCAAGCGCCGUCAUAGUGCCGGAAGUAUGAACGGUACGGCCAGCCUGGAUGACGAUGAUCAACCGCCUCCACCGCCAAGCCCUUCGUCACCACCGGUUUCUUCUGCAAGUGCGGAAUCGGUGAAGCAUUCACUAAAUGGGGAUCAUCCGGAUAAGGACUCCGGAGCUUUGGGGAAUGGUGCUACCGGUGCUGAAUCCACCGAGGCCGGCGACGAUAAGAAUGAACAGUUUCAGCUGUUCAAGUAUCCCUCAGGACAGAGUAAGCUGCGGCAGUUUUCGUGGAUCAUUACGUGGCCCAUCUAUUUGCUGUUCGUUUUCACGAUCCCGAACUGUGAGAAGCCACGCUACAAGAAUUGGUUCCCGCUUACUUUCAUUAUGUGCAUUGUAUGGAUUGGAUCUUUGUCGUAUGUUGUUGCGUGGAUGAUUACGAUAAUCGGUGACACGCUCAAAAUACCCGAUUCGGUCAUGGGAAUCACUUUCUUGGCCGCUGGCACUAGCGUACCAGAAGCCGUAUCAAGCGUAAUCGUUGCAAAACAAGGCUACGGAUCUAUGGGGAUCAGCAACUCGAUUGGAUCUAACACCUUUGAUAUACUGCUUUGUCUGGGCUUACCGUGGUUUAUAAAGGCAGCCUUCUCACCCAUCGAAAAAGGUCACCAUUGGGUGGGGAUCAACUCUGCUGGAUUGGAAUACUCGGCCAUUUCUCUGUUGUCAACGCUAUUGAUGCUGUACAUUGCUUUCUGGUUGAAUAAAUUCCGAUUAGAUCGAAGAGUUGGGUAUGCGUGCCUCAUUAUGUACGCGGUAUUUCUGAUUCUGGCGAGCUUAAUUGAGCUGAACGUAUUCUUCCCGGUGAAUCUCCCGACUUGUGUGCGGUGAGUGAUUCACGUGGAGCUUUGAGUUGUGUCGAUAAAAUGUACGAUUUUUUUUAUCUGCAAAUGUGGCGCAGGGUGGUGCCCAAUUCGAUUUGAUUUUCACGUCUGCAUUUUGCCAAUGUCACAUGAUAAUCGCGUGACAAACUCGGUCGGGUGAAAAGCAUUCGUGUUUGUUGUUAUUAUUGUUGAUAUUGAUACAUUUGGUACAACUCGGAAUCGGACGACGCCCCGCUGAUUACAGUUAAGAGUGAGUGUGAGCUGACAAACAGAAGACCAGAAAAUAUUGGGCGGAGCAAAGCAUCCGUGGAGAAUAUACAAAAAUUUAGAGAAAACAAUACAAAUAAACCAUUCCAUUAGCUGUAUUUGACUUAAUGCCAAGUGAAAACUCAGCACCGAUUUAAAUCAAGUAAUAAAUAUAACAUACAGAAAAUAAAAUCAUCACCGUACUGCAAAGUAACCAUGAUUGUUACAUAUAUACUUGUAACAAUAAGCACAUUACCAUCUUGUUAAGGAUGGGUUUAGAAUCUCAGAUAUUCUUUUCUAGAAUAAGAACGACAAGCGAGAUUUUUUAGCUUCCCAACGUUAAAGAUGAUAAUUCGUUUUCGAAUGAAGAUUGCAGAUAGAAUCAACAAUGAGUGACUCCCUAUUGUAAAUAUUUGCGUGUCUUUUAACAAAUCUAAAUCUAAAUGAUAAUUAUUAGAGUAAAUAAACAAGUGAGUAUUUUU